GCUCGGCGCCGCGAACCGCGCACAUAACGGUAAGUUGGGUAGCAGCCGGCGGGGUUCGGCGUGGACCCCGCGGUGCCCUCUCCGCCCUGGUGGGGUAGAGAGACUUCGGGAAUGGGGAGACUUCUCUGGAGGAAGGGAGGCGGCCCGGCCGAGGACAUCGUGGCCACGGGCAGCCGCGUGGCCCCAGCGCGCAGCGUUGUUGAAGGGGACCUUGAGGCGCCGGGGACAGCGCUUCUUCUGGGCUAGCGGCGGGCCCCGUGAUCAGGUGCCGGCCACUGGAACAGCCGAGGAGUUGGGUCGUGGUGCCCAGUGACCUUGGGGAUGUCGCUUCCCCUCUAGUCUUAAGUAGGCUCCACCAGAGAUGCUUUGAACUUGAAUAGGGACGACGUGGGGCUGCUUCACGUGGUACCUCCAGACUCUCCUGGCCGCUUUCUGCUCCAAGGGAAGGGACUCCGGGCGGGAGUUAUUUUGGAUUCGUGGCGUAUCCGCCCCAGCCUUCUCGGCCCGCAGAUCCUUGUCCCACCUGGUGACUUUCGAGAGUGAUAAGGGAAGCUGCAUUCCCCACAGCCAAGGCGUGACUGCAGGGUUCAAAUGGACUCUGCGGAGGGAAUGGGGCAGCCGCAGACUCCUGGGACCGGUGCUGACGGAGGCUCUUAGUCAUUCAACCUGUGGCUGCCGAAUGUCCGCCGCUGUGCCCUCCUGCUCCUGGACUUAAGGCGGCCCUGUUGAGAGGAAUCUGAAGGAUAGCGUUACACUGGUCAGAUGCACACUUUUUUUUCCAAAUAUUUGGAUUUGAACUGCAUUUUGGAAUUCAUCUACACUUAAAAUGCCACCAGCAAUUGGAGGUCCAGUUGGAUACACACCCCCAGAUGGAGGCUGGGGGUGGGCAGUGGUAGUUGGAGCUUUCAUUUCCAUCGGCUUCUCCUAUGCAUUUCCCAAAUCUAUUACUGUCUUCUUCAAAGAGAUCGAAGGUAUAUUCCAUGCUACCACCAGCGAAGUGUCAUGGAUAUCCUCCAUCAUGUUGGCUGUUAUGUAUGGUGGAGGUCCUAUCAGCAGUAUCCUGGUGAAUAAAUAUGGCAGUCGUCCAGUCAUGAUUGUUGGUGGCUGCUUGUCAGGAUGUGGCUUGAUUGCGGCUUCUUUCUGUAACACUGUACAGGAACUUUACUUGUGUAUUGGAGUCAUUGGAGGUCUUGGACUUGCUUUCAACUUGAACCCGGCUCUGACCAUGAUUGGCAAGUAUUUCUACAAGAAGCGACCACUAGCAAAUGGACUGGCCAUGGCAGGAAGCCCUGUGUUCCUCUCUACCCUGGCCCCCCUCAAUCAAGCUUUCUUCGGUAUCUUUGGCUGGAGAGGAAGCUUCCUAAUUCUUGGAGGCUUACUACUAAACUGCUGUGUAGCUGGAUCCCUGAUGCGACCAAUAGGGCCCAAGCCAACUAAGGCAGGGAAAGAGAGAAGUAAAGAUUCCCUUGAGGAACCUGGAAAAUCUGAUGCCAAAAAAAGUACAAGCGAUGCAAAUACAGAUCUUAUUGGAGGACACCCCAAAAAAGAGAAACAAUCAGCCUUCCAAACAAUUAAUAAAUUCCUGGACUUAUCCCUGUUCAGUCACAGAGGCUUUUUGCUAUACCUGUCUGGAAAUGUGCUUAUGUUUUUUGGACUCUUUACACCUUUAGUCUUUCUUAGUAAUUAUGGUAAGAGUCAGCAUUAUUCUAGUGAGAAGUCUGCCUUCCUUCUUUCCAUUUUGGCUUUUGUUGACAUGGUAGCCAGACCUUCCAUGGGACUUGUAGCCAAUACAAAGUGGAUAAGACCUCGAGUUCAGUAUUUCUUUGCUGCUUCCAUUAUCGCAAAUGGAGUGUGUCAUUUGCUAGCACCUUUAUCCACUACCUACAUUGGGUUCUGUGUCUAUGCGGGAUUCUUUGGAUUUGCCUUUGGGUGGCUCAGCUCCGUAUUGUUUGAAACACUGAUGGACCUCGUCGGACCUCAGAGGUUCUCCAGCGCUGUGGGAUUGGUGACCAUUGUGGAAUGCUGUCCUGUCCUCCUGGGGCCACCACUUUUAGGUUCUCUCAAUGACAAAUAUGGAGACUACAAAUACACAUACUGGGCAUGCGGUGUAAUCCUAAUUAUUGCAGGUAUCUAUCUCUUCAUUGGCAUGGGCAUCAAUUAUCGACUUUUGGCAAAAGAACAGAAAGCAGAGGAGGAGAAAAAGGAAAGUAAGGAGGAGGAAACCAGUAUAGAUGGUGCUGAGAAGCCAAAAGAAGUUACUAAAGCAGCAGAAUCUCCGGACCAGAAAGGCACAGAAGGAGGCCCCAAAGAGGAGGAGAGUCCAGUCUGAACCCAUGGGGCUGAAGGGUAAAUGGAGCAGUUCAUGACUCAAGAUAUCUGAAAAUAUUCUACUGGCCUGUCAUCUACCAGUGGUGCUUCAUGCAGAUAGUGGACAUUUAUGUGAAAAUCAUACCAGGUGUUCAUUGAUGAAAUUUUUGUUUCACUCCUUACCAAUAGCCUGAAUUAAAUACGCCAUAUUCUUUGGGGAGGGAGUGGUUGGCGGCAAAGGAUGAGGGAAGGAAGUAGGUUUGGUUUUGUUUUGUUUUAAUUUUAGCUUUUAACAGUGUCAUGAAGAUUAUAACAUGUGCCUUAAGUUUUAGUCUCUAGAACUCUUUAGAGAGCCUUAACUUUUUAAACCAUGCUGUUGAAUUCAUCAAUUUUGAGUGUUGUGUUAAAAGGAAAAAUAACUAACUUGUUUGAGGCCAAUCUAAAAUUUAAAAUUAAUCUUGCUUCCUUGCUAUUUGUAAAUAUAUUCUCAGACAUUUUCACUGGAAGAUUUAUGAAUAGAAAUAUUGGUUGAAAGUUGGAGGUCUUACAAAAUUCCGACUCAGAUAUCUUCUAGCAUCAGUAGUUGCCUGGCAUAUGUGCCUGCUAGCUAUGUAUUUAGGAAAUUUAAAGCAUAAACCUUGGGGCACACCUUGGCUGUUCUAGCCACAUUGUGCUUGUUAACACCUAUCGGGUACCUUUUCUUGGGAUGCUUAUUAGAAGCCAAGUAAGUGUUUGAGGGUUGUUCUCAUUAAAUCACUACUUUUGCUCCCCUGUUCAAAGACACAUUUUGAGUAGUUACAGAUCAUUGCCCCUUUUGAAAUCACUUGGGUAUUAUUUUUCAAACUGUAAAACUUAGUAUUAAAAUCUGCGAAGCUAUAUAUCAAAACUAUCUGUUUGUGCCUCCUUAGUAAAUACAACACAUAUAAUUAAAUGUAGACAGAUAUUUCAAACAUCAACUAAAUUCAGCUUAGGUUUUUCCAAAACCUCCGUUAAUAUGUGAGACUGUUGGAAUCUUUUUUUUUUUCCUGGAAUUUUUCCCCUUUGAUUCACAGUGGUCCCAUUUAUAUCUGCUUCUAGCUUAGAGCUAUGUGUGAGAUACUCAGUUUGUAUGUGUUUGGUAUUUUUUUAAAUUUUUUUCAAUGUUUGCAAAUUAAAGAGGGCCAGAAAAAUUUGGCACCAGGCAAACCAAUAAAGAUAAGAUUGGGAGGGAAGCUGCUAAGUGUGCUUAGUUUUGAUAAGUAAUUCCCUUUCUGUUUUCUGAGAAGGCCUUAAAAAAAUUAUGUUAUGCUUAGAAUUACUGGAUACAUUCUUACUCUCCACACAAACCUAAAAAUUCUGUGACUCUUUUCACUUACCUGAAAAGUAGAGAAAUGGGUUCAGUAUCAGGAUAGGAGGGAGGAUGGACCAGAAUGAAAACUGUAAAUAUUUUUUUAGUCUAAUAUCUUUUAAAUUGAGGUAGAAAGAUAUAGUCAUUCAAUAAAUUAUAUUCAAUGCAUUUAAAAUACCACUGUAAUUGACAGAGUGAAAGUAUAGAUACAAAACCUUGUGUAAGAGGCUAACUUUUCCAAAUAAACAUUUUUUUUUUUUUUUAAGAAAAUGUUUCUCCCUCCAGAUGUUUAUUUUCUUGAAGAAACUAUUGCCGUGUUCAUUUUCAUUAUCAGGUUUCAAUUUGGCCCUUGAUCGUAUAAAAUUAAAUCAUCCAGUUUAUGUACGUUG